UUGAACUUCAAAACAAAUGAUUAUGAGAAAUUAUAUUAUAAAGUUGUACGCCUGAAGCCAAAAUAGUUUUAAGAUAAAUUUAACAAAAUCUAAUGACAAUGCCUUAAUACGUCUAUAUUUUAUUACCAAAACAUAUUUAUAAUAAAGUAUGUCAAUUCUAUUUUGAUAUCGUCUGAUUACAAAUAAUUUGCAAAAGAAAUGGCGUCGAAGUUGCCAAAAGCCACACUAAAUUUAAAACAGUUUCUAUUGCGACAAGAGGUAUUGAAGUUAUAUCGAGACAUAUUCAGAACAAUAAGGAAAGUCUCAGAUGAAAACACUCGUUUGGAAUUGAAGGAAUGGGCAAGAUCGGAUUUUAAGAACAAUAAACACCACAAUGAUGAAACAACUAUAAAAUCUAUGUUAUACUAUGGCAGGAAAUCCUUAAAAGACUUACAGAAAUCAUUAGCACUCAGUGACAGCUAGCAGUUAUUUUUUACACCAUGGAAUUUUAUAAUUAUAAAAAGAAAAUUAAAUUUAGUUUUUAAAUAGUGAUAAAGUUAAAUAAAAUAAUAUAUUACAUGUU